UGCAUACGGACACUGAAGUGGCGAACUCGAGACCUGUGCUGAGUGCUAAGCUGCCCCUCCAGUCUCAGAUGCCGGGGGCUGGUUUAUCUUUUUUAUUUUUUAUUAAACAUGCUUAAAAAAAAAUAACCUUUGUUAAUAGUAAAAAUAAUAUAUUGUUUUUUGCUGCUUUUCACUAUACUUUUCUGAUCUUUGGUUCUUUGAACGAGUGAACUAUAGCGCUACAGCGAUAACAACCAACAGCCUGGAAAACAGCUGGUUUUACUCAAGACCUGCCUCGUUACACGACUUUAUUUAUUAGAACUGCUUCGGGGUUGUCGUGCUUUUCGAUCACCUGAGUGUCACUUUUGACUCGCACGGUUCUUCACAAAUCCCUAAGGUGGAUUCCUUCUUCAGUCGAAAUUUUCUCUCCAAGAUAACAAAGAUUUUUGUUCACUAAUGUGAAAUCGUCGAUCUUCAAACAUAAUGAAGAAAUGUUUUUUAAAAUAGUAUCUCAGCUAUUUCUAUAAUAGUGACGUGCUGUCAAGAACUGAAAACAAAGUUCAAAACAAAAAAAAAACGAUCAACAGCAACAGAGUAACACUGGUGUGGAUUCAUGGUGUGCGCGUCGGACACAAACGCGGAUUCGGGAGUACAGAGACAAUAUGGGACAUUCACAGGGCAAAGACGGUUUUUAAGGCGAUUGAAAAGGGGGCAGCUGGGCUGCACUUCAAGACCGUUCUCUUCUGGUGACAUCGACAUCUUCUACCAGAGAUCGGAGACCUUCUCCAGACACAGUUACUCGAUGGAAACUCCAGAGCCACGAGCAAGCUGGCACUCCCGGACAAUGAAACAGCGCCUCAUGUGGAAGCUUAGACAACAGUGGAAAUUACUUGGCCUCUUUGAAAUUGACAAAGAUCAUGAGUUUUACAGUUUCACCUGCAUGUUGAAAGAGGGGUUAGCGGCUGCCGUCCAGAACUCCAUUGACAACCCGCUACAGAAUGAACUCUGUGAUGCCGACUUCAAGGUAGAAGUGAAUCAAGUUCAUGAAAGUUUCAAGAUGCGGACGUAUGCAGGCCCUGUCUUUGCUCAUUUUCGGCAGACACUAGGAAUGACAGAAAAAGAAUACCAGCUAUCACUGAGUUCAGAAGGCUUUUAUUUACAGUUCAUCAGCAAUUCAAAAAGCAAAGCAGAUUUCUUUCUCACGAAUGACAAAAGAUUUUUCCUCAAAACCCAGAACAAAAGAGAAGUCAAAUUUCUUCUAUCCCACCUCAAGAGUUAUAUCCAACACAUUGAGAAGUAUCCUCACUCGCUGCUUGUCAAGUUUCUAGGAGUACACAGAAUCAAAAUCCCAAGUCAAGGAAAGAAAUAUUUCAUAGUGAUGCAGAGUGUAUUUUAUCCUGAUGAAAGAAUCAUUGCCAGGUAUGAUAUAAAGGGCUGCCAAGUUAGCCGAUGGACGGAACCCAAUCCUGAAGGAAACCAAGUUAUUGUGGUACUCAAGGACAUGAACUUUGAGGGAAAAUAUGUUUCUUUGGACCAGCAGCGGUCUUGGCUUAUCCGGCAGAUGGAGAUUGAUACACACUUCCUUCAACAACUGAAUGUUCUAGAUUACAGUCUACUGCUUGCGUUCCAGCCUCUUCAUGCUGACGAGCGACGGCAGAGCUGGUCAUUUGCUAAUGUCAUCAUGCGCACGAAGAAGUCAGUACAUGGCGGGAACAGCCCCACCUUUUCAACUCACACUACAGUGCCAGGGGUUAUUGAGGAAGACUCAACAGUUCUAGUAUCUGAGAUGGUUGGCAGCGCACAAAAGUUUCAAGUAAGAGAGGUUCACCCAAGUAGAUCCAUCCCCCUCCAGAAUCUAUCCGCUCUGAACAGUGCUGAGUCUGAACUGCUUGAAUUUCGGGUCCAGAACCGCAGGUUACUACCCAACUACAAAAAUCCCCUUCAUGUUAUUGAUGGCCCAGAAAAUCGAUACUUUAUCGGAAUCAUUGAUAUAUUUACAGUAUAUGGCUUCAGAAAAAAACUGGAAUACUUCUGGAAGUGCAUCCGUCAUAGAGGGAAGACAUUUUCCACAGUCAGUCCGGACAUAUAUGCCAGUCGUCUUUGUCACUGGGUGGAAGCACACUCAAUUUAAGGUCAAUAAUGGAGGACCAUAUUUUGUACAUCAGCCUGUAAGCUACUGAGUAGACAACACUGCCAUCUUUUGUUACUCAGCAAGGUGAUGGAAUCACUCAAACCUUGGCAACGCCUGAAAAAUCAAUGCACGUUAGAGGAUAUAUUUGAAAAUAUUAUAAUAAACGUUUAUUGUGCAAAGAAUGCUAUUAUUAGAAAGGGACUAUAUUAACUUAUACCUUUAAGGUUUACCUUAUCUUACAUUGGCCUUUUCUUUCUUUUCAUCAAUUGAAGCAUUUUCUUCCUGUAGUGACCUACAUGCCUGACCAUGGCUCCUAAUGGUUUACUAGCUAUAUCCUAAACACCAUCUAAAUCAUUGAAAAUAAACUUUGAAUUUUACUCCAGA